AUUUAAAAGUCGUUUAAGUGCAUUUAAAUCAACAUUUGCGUAAAUUAAUGACCAAUUUUUUUUAUCUUUUUUUUUUCAGAAAAUCAUAAUAUUGUGUAGGUUAGUAAAACGUCAACGUAAAUUAUAACAUUACGUUGAUCAAUCUAAACAUAUACACAUUCCUUCACAAAACUGCCACGGAAGGUUAAAAAUGAGUAAAACGUCCAUAUCAAUUCAGAAAUGGGUAGAUGCUUUACCACUGCCCCCCGGGUCCCCAAAUUCACUCCAUCCAUCUGGUUCGGCCCCACAAAACGUAAGAUUACGAAUUUUAGGAAGAGAUAUUUCUAUACAAUCUGAUGAUGCUAGCAGUCACUGUUCAAGUGUUGAAUCUGUACUGGAGUCUCGAAAACCAGAUCCUGUAGAUGUACUUUUAGGGCUUGGUUUUGGACCACCUAGUGAUAAUAAUAGUCAUCUUGGGAGGAUACCACAAAGGUUUUUAAAACCUUCCAAGUUAAUAAAAGACAUUGAUAUUAAUGCAUUUCUCGAACAACAAGGAGAAUUAAGAUUUGAACCAACAUAUGGUUCUUUACCACCAUCUCCUGCAAAAGGACGACCUAAAACAUGUUGAGGACCACUUUAUUAGAAGUCUGUUUUUAUAUGCGCAAUAUUCUAUCUAUUAUUUGAAUUGAAGUUAAUCAUUCCUAUUAUGUAAAUUAUUAUUUUUACUACAUGGCUGUGUUUGUAAAAUAAUUUUGGCCAAUAUUUAGAUUAUUUUGUAAGGUUGUUUUUAUUAGGAGGACUUAUUCCUUGUGUAUUGUGUUCCUAUGUUAUUAGUAAAAAAGAUUUGUAUAAUGAGGACAAAAAAAUAUCAAAAACAUGGACAAUCCUAUUUCGAUGAGAAACCUUGUAUCAAAUAUAUGUCAAUUAUUUUUUUGAGUCUCU